AUGUCUGGAAAUAUAAAAUUUGAGGAUUUGCAUCUUCAUAAAGACACUGAUGCCAUAUCCAAGGCUCUAUAUCAGAAGGAGCGGGUACUCUGCUGGAUUAUGACGACACCAAAGAACCUGGAUGUUAAAACACGUGUAGUUCGUGACACGUGGAGUAGGCGCUGCAACAAAGUCCUCUUCAUGAGCUCUGUGACAGAUCCAAAGUUCCCUACAAUCGGAUUAAACGUGUCGGAAGGCCGAAGGCAUCUGACGGCCAAAACGAUGCAUGCUUUCCGCUACAUCUACGAAAACCACUUUGAUGAUGCUGACUGGUUCAUGAAGGCUGACGAUGAUACAUAUGUUAUUUUAGAAAAUCUCCGAUACUUUCUGACGUCCCAAAACAAAUCCGAACCUGUAUUUUUUGGCCAUCAUUUUAAGACAAUUGUCAAACAAGGGUACAAUAGCGGCGGAGGGGGAUAUGUGCUGAGUAAGCAGGCACUGAGGCGAUAUGGGGAGAAGGGACACGAUCCCAAACUGUGCCAUCCUGAUGGUGGUUCAGAAGAUGCAGAGUUUGGCAGAUGUAUGGAGAACCUGGGGGUGAGGACGGUCAACACAACAGACGCCCUCGGGAGGAGCAGAUUCCACUGUUUUACUCCUGAGAUACACUUGGAGGGAGGCUACCCGAAAUGGUAUUACCAAUACGAUGCAAAUGGUGCCAAGAAGGGCGCAGACAGUGUUUCCGACUACGCCAUCUCCUUCCACUACGUACCCCCACAGAAGAUGUACUUUCUGGAGUUUUACAUCUACCACUUACGACCGUAUGGCAUAGUGUCCGGCACUCAGGAGCUCAACAGACAUGUGAAGGUGAAACCAGGAACUUUGAUACAACCACAUGCGAAGUGA